CUAAAUAGUUUGGUAGAAAUUAGUAGCUCUUAAACCUGUGCUUAUACUCAGAGAUGUUAAUACAUUACUAUUUUAGACAGGUUAUUAUAGAAAGCUGAAAUCAUCUGAGGAUGCUUUUAUGUUACUAAUGCCAAGGAAGUGUUAUUAAUCAAAAAGUAUUCAUUAAAUGCAUGUAGAAUAUCCAGUGCUAUUAGCAGGGUGAUGUGGAGGAAUGAAAAAAGUGUACAAGGUGUUAUUUCCAUCCCAGAUAAGCUUUGAGAUUCAUUGGGGAAACAGAAUGAAUAGAGACGAGACAAAAUAAUUAAGUGAUCAACUGUGGAAAUUCCACAACAAUAGAAAAAAAGAGGGGCUCGGAUGAGAUGGGUCUGGGUUUGAAUUUCAACGCUAUCACAUACUAGCUGUGUGAUCUUGGUUAAAAGACUUAACUUGUCUGAUCCCCCAAGCUGUCUCAUCUGUAGAAUGGAGGAGUGAUAUGACCCCACAGGGUUGCUCUGAAGAUGUGUGGGAAAGCUCUUGCUAUAAUGCUUAGAACAUGACAGUCAUUUACUUCAGUCACUUGGCAAAUAUUGACAGCAUCACCUCUGUACAGAUCUUUUUGUGUGAGCUGGGGAUACAGUGGUGAGCAAAACAGAUGAAAUGCAGUCCCCUCCUAUGUGGGGCUUGCCUUCUGAGGGGGGAUAAAAGCAUUAAUCCGAUUAUCACACAAGGAAAUGUAAAAGUAUGGCUGUGUUAAGUCCAGUGAAAGAGAAGUUCAUGAGGCCAGAAUAGAACAUUACAUGGAGGCUUCUAAGAGAAGACCUGCCUCAAGAAGUGACAUUUCAACCAAAAUCCCAAGCAUAAGUGAGAAUUAGCCAGGCAGUGGGGUGCAGGGGGGAGCUUUGUAAGCUAAGAUUUGGAGGUUGGAAGAAACUCGAUGGGUUUGAGAAACAGAAGACCCGUGAGGCUUAGAAUAGAGCAAAAGGGAGGCCAUUAAUCUCAGACCUUCCUUUCCCCCUUCCUCGAAAGUACACGAGUUCAGACAAGACAGAUUAUUAUGAAGUUCCGCAAAGGGGGGAGUUUGCAUUAUGUACAGAAGGGAUGGGAUGUGUUGAAUCUAGUCAUGAAAAGGGGAAGAGAACAGAAGGCUUGAAUUCCUGGAGAGAAGAAUUGCAGGAGUAAGGGUUCAGGUGCCUGAGCUGGCUGAGUGGCAUGCCAAUGCCUUGACAUAUUUGGACUGACAUACCAAGACUAAGAGCUAAAAAGCACAGGAGGAGAAAGUCUCUCCUUCCUUUCUGUGUGGUCUUGGGCAUGUUACUUAACUUUUCCACCUCUUGGUUAAAGAUAAAAUGUAUGUGAGAGUGACACAGUGUCUAGUAAGCUAAUACACAUUCUUUUAUUUCCUGCUCUCCAUUGCCUUCCCCCCACCCCGUAAUACAUGUCCUUUUAUUGUAGAUGAACCCCUGAUUAAGACACUAGCUAACUGACAACACAUCAACUGUGUUGCCCACAGAUGUAAAUUUUUAAAUACUAGUUUAGGGUUAUCUUAAAACCCUCUUGCUUGGUAUGCAAAUGUUUCAUGUGUGGAAUAUCAUUCUUGUUCCUGGUCUCCAUCAUGUAAAUUGCACUUAGCCACAUCUGGCCGGGUGUUAACAUGAAAGACGUGACUGAUGUUGAGUGUUCAAGAUCCUCCAAGAGAUUUAGAUGGCACAUCUCCAGACUGUGAUUUGGCUGAAAUAACUUAUGCCACAGAGCUGUGCGCAUGCCUGGAAUUGAGAGACACAGGUAAAAGACUCCAAACUGUUUCCUGCCUUUCAAAAACUCCAGGAAACCAUCCCUUCAGACUCUGGAAUUCUGCACAUCUCAACAGAGACCUUGCUUGAAUGUUUACAUUUUCUGCUUGCUGUCCUUCAUACCGCUAUACAGUGUUCACCUUUUGUUAACGAUUGUCAGGAGUCGAGCUUGCUCAGCAAGCCAGCAUGGCUAGGAUGAGCUUUGCUUUAGCAGUUUGCCGAAUGGUGCUGAGCUUGCUGAUGACUUCAUUAACUGGGUCUUCCCUACAAAAUAGCGAGUGUCCACAACUUUGUGUAUGUGAAAUUAGGCCCUGGUUUACCCCGCAGUCAACAUACAGAGAAGCCACCACCGUUGAUUGCAAUGAUCUCCGCUUAACAAGGAUUCCCAGCAACCUUUCUAGUGACACUCAAGUGCUUCUCCUACAGAGCAAUAACAUCGCAAAGACCGUGGAUGAGCUUCAGCAGCUCUUCAACCUGACUGAGCUAGAUUUCUCCCAAAACAACUUUACGAAUAUUAAGGAGGUAGGGCUGGCAAACCUGACCCAGCUCACUACUCUGCAUUUGGAGGAAAAUCAGAUUACGGAAAUGAAUGAUUUUUGUCUGCAAGAUCUCAGCAACCUUCAAGAACUCUACAUCAACCAUAACCAGAUUAGCACUAUUUCUGCUAAUGCUUUUUCAGGCUUAAAAAAUCUUUUAAGGCUCCACCUAAACUCCAACAGGUUGAAAGUGAUAGAUAGCCGCUGGUUUGAUUCAACACCCAACCUGGAAAUUCUCAUGAUUGGGGAAAACCCCGUGAUUGGAAUUCUGGAUAUGAACUUCAAACCCCUCUCAAAUUUGAGAAGCUUAGUUCUGGCAGGAAUGUAUCUCACUGAUAUUCCUGGAAAUGCCUUGGUGGGCUUGGAUAGCCUAGAGAGCCUGUCGUUUUAUGAUAACAAACUGGUCAAAGUCCCUCAACUUGCCCUGCAAAAAGUUCCAAAUUUGAAAUUCUUAGACCUCAACAAAAACCCCAUCCACAAAAUCCAGGAAGGGGACUUCAAAAAUAUGCUCCGGUUAAAAGAACUGGGAAUCAACAAUAUGGGGGAACUUGUCUCUGUGGACCGCUAUGCCCUGGAUAACUUGCCUGAACUCACAAAGUUAGAAGCCACCAAUAACCCCAAAUUAUCUUACAUCCACCGCUUGGCUUUUCGAAGUGUCCCUGCCCUAGAAAGCUUGAUGUUGAACAACAAUGCCUUGAAUGCCGUUUACCAGAAGACAGUAGAAUCCCUUCCUAAUUUGCGUGAGAUCAGUAUCCACAGCAAUCCCCUGAGGUGUGACUGUGUUAUCCACUGGAUUAAUUCCAACAAGACAAGCAUCCGCUUCAUGGAGCCCUUAUCCAUGUUCUGUGCCAUGCCGCCCGAAUAUAGAGGGCAGCAGGUGAAGGAAGUUUUAAUUCAGGAUUCAGGUGAACAGUGCCUCCCAAUGAUAUCUCAUGGCACAUUCCCAAAUAAUUUAAACAUGGAUACUGGCACAACAGUUCUCCUAGACUGUCGGGCCAUGGCCGAGCCAGAACCUGAAAUUUACUGGGUCACUCCCCUUGGAAAUAAGAUAACUGUGGAAACGCUUUCAGAUAAAUACAAACUAAGUAGUGAAGGUACAUUGGAAAUAUCUAACAUACAAACUGAAGACUCAGGAAGAUACACCUGUGUUGCCCAGAAUGUUGAAGGGGCAGACACUCGAGUGGUGACAAUUAAGGUUAAUGGAACCCUUCUGGAUGGUACCCAGGUGCUGAAAAUAUAUGUCAAGCAGACAGAAUCUCAUUCCAUUUUAGUGUCCUGGAAAGUUAAUUCCAAUGUCAUGACGUCAAACUUAAAAUGGUCAUCUGCCACCAUGAAGAUUGACAAUCCCCACAUAACAUAUACUGCCAGGGUCCCGGUAGAUGUUCACGAAUACAACCUAACACACCUGCAGCCUUCCACAGAUUAUGAAGUGUGUCUCACAGUGUCCAAUAUUCAUCAGCAGACUCAAAAGUCAUGUGUUAAUGUCACAACCAAAAAUGCCGCCUUCGCGCUGGACAUUUCUGAUCAAGAAACCAGUACAGCCCUUGCUGCAGUUAUGGGGUCCAUGUUUGCCGUCAUUAGCCUUGCAUCCAUUGCUGUGUACAUUGCCAAAAGAUUUAAGAGGAAAAACUACCACCAUUCAUUAAAAAAGUAUAUGCAAAAAACCUCUUCAAUCCCACUAAAUGAGCUGUACCCACCACUCAUUAACCUCUGGGAAGGUGACAGCGAGAAAGACAAAGAUGGUACUGCAGACACCAAGCCAACCCAAGUUGACACCUCCAGAAGCUAUUACAUGUGGUAACUCAGUGGAUAUUUUGCUUCUGGUAGUAAGGAGCACAAAGACAUUUUUGCUUUAUUCUGCAAAAGUAACAAGUUGAAGACUUUUGUAUUUUUGACUUUGCUAGUUUGUGGCAGAGUGGAGAGGAUGGGUGGAUAUUUCAAAUUUUUUUAGUAUAGCGUAUCGCAAGGGUUUGACACAGCUGGCAGCGUCUCUAGGCUUCCAGUUUGUGUUUGGUUUUUAUUCUCAUCAUUAUUAUGAUUAUGAUUUUGUUUUAUUUGUUGUGCUAAACUCAAUAAUGCUGUUCUGACUAAAUGCUAAAUAAAAUGAUUAAUGACAGGUUGGGGUUCCCCUGUGCUUUUACCAGUAGCAUGACCCCUUCUUCUGAAGCCAUGAGCAGACAGUACCAUGUCCUCCAAAAAGCUAACACACAGUUGUGAAGCAGCAUUGAACUUUUUGCAGCAAUUUGGUCUACAGACUUGUAACUGGAGAAGCUAAGGCUAGACUUGUUACCUUUGUUGAAUGAUGUUAGUUGACUGUACUGUAAUGUUGUAUCAACUGAAUUGAAUGUUUGCUUUUGAACAACAACUUUUUUUUUUUGUAAUAGUUAAAAGGCUUAGAACAAGCUAACAGGCAAUAGAAAUAUGUAUAUCAGAUUUUUUAAUGUAACUAACUACAUGUUAAUUGUUACCUUAUUCUUUUUAUCUUUAGUAGACACUUUUAAAAGACAAUAAUUUUGUUGUGUUUAACUCACCAACAUGUGGUGUAUAAUGAAGACAGAACUAUAUAAUAAAUUAGUUUUGUUCUGAUUUUUUUAGAACACUUG